CGCCGUGACAACAGAGCGACCUGCCCAUUUCUUCUCUGUCUUGAACACGGGUCGGCAACCGUUAAAAAGCACAGCCCUUUGUCUUAGUUGUAGCUGACCCUCCUGUCUCCCCCGGUUUUAUUUAAUCCUGCUGUAUAUCCCUCACCAUGGCGGCGAGUGCUAAACGAAAACAAGAGGAGAAACACCUGAAGAUGCUGAGAGAAAUGACGAGUUUGCCUCCCAACAGAAAGUGCUUUGACUGCGACCAGCGCGGCCCAACCUAUGCCAACAUGACUGUGGGCUCCUUCGUUUGCACCUCCUGCUCUGGCAUCCUACGAGGACUGAAUCCACCCCACAGAGUCAAGUCCAUCUCCAUGACAACCUUCACGCAACAGGAAAUCGAGUUCCUACAAAAACAUGGCAAUGAGGUAUGUAAACAGAUCUGGCUUGGCCUUUAUGAUGACAGAACCUCCUCAGUACCAGACUUCAGAGAACCACAGAAAGUCAAGGAAUUCCUUCAAGAGAAAUACGAGAAGAAGCGAUGGUACGUACCUCCUGAGCAGGCCAAGGUAGUAGCAUCAGUCCAUGCUUCCAUCUCUGGAUCCUCAAACAGCAGCACCAGCAGCACCCCAGAGGUUAGACCACUCAAAUCCCUGCUGGGGGAGUCAGCACCCUCCCUACACCUCAACAAGAACACCCCACCAAAUCAGUCUCCAGUGGUGAGCCGUGGACAAAUCCAUCAGCAGCAGUUCCACGACAAGAAGUUCGACCUCCUCAGUGACUUGGGUGGAGACAUCUUUGCUGCCCCGCCUAACAUGAACGCAGGCGCCAGCUCCAGUUUUGCUAACUUUGCACAUUUCAACAGCCACACAACGGCACAGAAUGCCAACGCAAAUGCAGACUUUGCAAAUUUUGAUGCAUUCGGGAGCACUUCUGGGUCGACAGGUGGUUUCCCCUCCGCACCCCACGUCCCAUUCCAACCCUCAAAUACAGGUAGCGCCUCAGGGGGACUAGCAAAUGCCAGUUUUGCAAAUUUUGACAACUUCCCCAAAUCGUGUAGUGCUGACUUUGGAUCCUUCAGUUCCUCCUCCCAGAGUAACUCCACAGGAGCUGGCAAAGAUGCUGUACAGAGUACUAGCGUCCCUGCCGAUAGAUACGCAGCCCUGGCUGACCUGGAUAACAUGUUUAGCUCUGCCAAAACAGAGCAAGGAGGUGGUAUUCCUGGGGGGGUGAGCUCAGCCGCAGCCGCAGCAGCAGCAGCAGCAGCCGCCGCAGCAGCAGCAGCAGCAGCAGCAGGAGGAGUGGGUGGUUUGCCUCAGAAGCAGCCAGCGAUGCCAACAGGGGGGGACCGCUAUGCAGCUCUAGCUGAGCUUGACACUGUCUUCAGUUCCUCAGCCCCUGCCACCAGUGUUUACAACACCACCAGCACCUCACAAGGGGGUUUGUUUGGCUCAGAGGCUGGGGUGUCAACAGCACAAGCACAGCAGGCCCUGCCUGGCAUGGCUCAAGGUUUUGGAGCUCAGUCAACUAAUCCGUUUGUAGCUGCUGGAGUUGCCCCAGCGGCAGCUCCCACCAACCCAUUCCAGAGCAACGGCAGAGCAGCAACUGUGGCAGCAGCAGCAGGCUUGAUGAGGGUUCUUCAUGGGCAGGGUUAUCCUCCCACCUUUGGUAGGUUCUCUUGUGCUCUCUGUUUCCCCUUUGCUCUCCUGCAUUUUGCUCUGGCAGCACAUCCUUUUUCCUGUUUCACAUGUAUCAGGAAAAUGUUGGGAGAGGUAAGCAUAGCAUCAAGAUCCAGAAAUACAGGUAUGACAACAUUUAAUGCAAUCAACAAUUCACCAUAGGGUACAAUGGGCUAGGUUGAGUGGCUCCUGCAGCAUGAGGCCAUCAUUUCAUCCUAGUGUCUUGUAGGCCUGAGCUGCUGAGCAAAGCGGUUUUGUUAAACAGACUACUCACUAGGUUCAAUAUCAAUACACACAACAUGUGAGUUUCCUUGAAGGAUUUAAAAAAUAAAGAUGAGUCAGAAAGUGCAGUUUAAGAGAAGAGAGGUAUAGAUGGACAUGAAGUAACCUUUAGUUUUGAGCGCUGUGCUCUGUUUUUUUGAAAGUAUAGUUAUGACAAGUUGAAGUAUAUAUUGCUCAUCUUACCCCACAAGUCUCAAUGACAGUGGCUUCCUCAACAUUUUCCUCUUAUUAGUUGGCAGGAAGAAUAAAGUCUGGUGUGUCUUUUCAAAGACAUUGAAUUAUGAAAACUAACUUUAUUUUCUAAUGUACAUAAAAAAAAUCAUGUAGUCAUUCAUUAGGUUGAUUCUCAUAAAAAUGCUUCAUUCAGUGAAUGAACCCUGUUAGACUGAAAAUAAUCCCCCAGAAUCAAUUUCAAUAUCAGCUAACCUGUUUGCUUUUACUCAUUUAUUCAAUCAAUUUUAGCUGCAGUAGUUGACUUUGUUUAACAGGCAUUGAAUGUAGCAUUUGUACCAGAUAUUGGAUUGUUCAAUUGCCAGCUGACUGUCUUACUUACCACAGUUUAAUUCCACUUGCGCUGUGGGGAAGUUGUGCUCCUGUGUGCUCAUCAGAGGUCAGACACUGGUGCUACACUUACUGCAAGUGUUGUAGCCUCAUGCCUGACUAUUGUUCAGACAAUCCCUCCUUUUUCCUAAGGCUUGUCUGUAGACAACUGUAUUCACAAUUUGCAUGUGUUUAAACAAAGUACAAAUCCAUGCACUGUAAGAUUCUGAAAGAACGACACUAUUGAUUACAGAAUCACAUGUGCAGUUAUUCACUUGCUAAAGUAACAAUGACCAAACUUAUUGCAUGGCAUAAUUGAUAUAUUUCUAAUUCCUAAUUUGCUGUAGCAGUGUUUCUUUUCUUGUUGACUUGUCUGUAAUGUUGUGUAUCCUCUCACUUAUUUUAAGUUUACUACAGUACUACAGUAUACUGCUUCCUAACAAACUGCUUAUAUUAAUAGCUGCCUUGUGUUUUUCUGCUGAUGUGUACCCGCUCCUGUGUAACCUAACUUUUGUGUGUGUGUGUGUGCGUGCGUGCGUGCGCGUGUGCGUGCGCACGCAUGCUAUAAAAUCGGCACAAUGCCAUAAUUUUGAAAAUAAAAUGAAGAAGCAAAAGGUGUUGUCUAUGUUGUUGUAUGACUUUAGGUGUUGUUGAGUCUUGUACAGGCUUCUUUAACCAGUCGCUGUC